CAAAGUUGGUGUUCUAGGCACCGCUGGAGUUACAUCAGGUGGGCUCAUUUACGAAUGAAACUGUGUGCUGAAGCGGAUCGAAAAUGGCGGCCGUCUGCAGUACUCGGGAUCGUGGUAGUUGCGGAAAGUCCAUCGUUGGAAAGUGCUGAAGAUUGCCGCGAGGGCGGUCGCGAAUUAGCCGUCGGUGGAGCCUCACUACUGACGCUGCAAAAGUAG